AUGGACUUCAUGAUGGAACGACCUCAUCUUCAUCGUGCUAAGGUUCCUCAAUGCGCCUUUGGCCUGAAGGAUGUCAUCAGUGGCAAGCCUCACCAGAAGUACACGGCCUUCGAUGUCAAUGAUGAGGACAUGUGUGAGGCACUACUGGUGAAUGCGGUGUGCAACCAUAUCCCUGAGGAGCACCAGCCGAUUGAGGGCAACGUCUACUGUGAGGGCAGAUGGCAAAGAAGAUCGGCAUUGGCAUCCAAGUGGCCCGAGCACAUCCUUCAAGCAGCUGAGAAGGCGUGGGAAAAAUGUGAUGUGCAGGCACCACGCAAGCUCACUGAGUCUAGGGAGCCGGGCAAGUCCCACUACGUCAUGCCGGUGGAACCUUUCCCUACGCCCGAGGGCGAGCUUAGGAAACAGCUGGAGAAGGCCGAUUGGCGCGGGGGGCAAUAUGACUAUGACUAUGUGUUCUUUGAAGGACUAGCAGGUCAAGGGCCUCACAAAAUUCGGCAGGCCCUAGCACAUUUGCAUGUGGUGCUGGGCCAUCCAUCACAGGAGAGACUUGUGCGGAUGCUCCUUGUCAGUGGCACUAGCCCGAAGAUCAUUGAGAUGGUGAAGGGACUACGUUGUCAAAUCUGCCAAGCAGUGCGACCUCCUGGAGCAGAGCCAAAGGUGCCGGCGCAUCGACCUACGAGGUUUGGGGAAAAGGUGUUGGCCGAUUCCUUCUUCAUCUGGGACUCGAAGGGUGAACGCUUCAAUGUCACUCAUUUGAUUGACGGCCUGACCGAGUUCCACACUGGCAAUGUGAGCAAACAGGUGGGCGCUGAGAUCACGGCUGAUCUGCUGCAAAACAAGUGGUGCGGCAUUCUGGGAGCGCUUGAAGUUCUUCAAACAGAUGGAGGAAAAGAGUUUGAAGAUGUGGUGCACCGCCUUUCACGUCGUGCCGCCUGGAGCAAAAUGGAGACAGGGGCAAGUGGAGCGAUGAUCAAGUUGAUGAUGAUGAGAGUCAUCCUCACCCAUCAGAUUGAGGGCCUUGAAGAUAUGAAGUUGGUGGCGAUCAGCUGCUUCAAUGCCAAGAAUCGCCUGUGCAACCGCAUGGGAUUGUCACCUUUGCAGGCGGUGACAGGACGCAACACAGCUGUCCCUACCUCCAUUUUGGAGCAAUUGUGCAGCGGACAGGUGAAGUGCACAAUCAAUGAUGAGUUGCAGGUGAACGAAGCACUUCGACGGGCAGAACGAACUAGAGCUGCAGCAGUGGACAGCUUCAAUUGGGUGGACUCUUCUGAGGCUUUGAGAAAGGCAUUGAAUUGCAGGUCACGGCCGCCCAAACUUGAGAACCUCCAAGAAGGCAUGACGGUGUAUGUGCACGAGCCCCCACCAUCCCGACGUGGCCAACAUCGCCGCCUACAAGAUCACUCGAGCUGGGAUGGACCUGGUUUGGUGGUGUGCGUGGAGAAGCAAGACGGAGCUCCACGGCGAGUGUGGGUGCGACUUCGUGCCAAGGUGAGAAGCUUUCCUCUGGAGAAGAUUCGUCUGGCCACUCCAGAUGAGAUGCUGGGCUCCCAAUACGUCAUACAGGCUAUGAACGAGGUGAUGGGGGAAAUCAAGGAUGGAAAACUUCCUUGGAGGAGAAUCGCUGUGAGGCAACCUUGCGACCAGCACCUCCAGCAUCAGCAGGAGCUCAGCGACGUGGGAGCAACAUGGAUUGAGACUUCAUGUUGGACGAUCAAGAGGCAGCCCUACGUGCACGUCAAGUGCGACGAUUGGAGAUCCAGAAUGACUUGCCAGAUUCUGUGA